GACCUCAGUCGCUGUGAGAAACAGGAUUACUAAAUCAUGUACUUCCUCACCCCCAGGAGAGAGGCUGGUAACCUGGGUAACGAAUGGACGGAGGCAACGUCAAGAGAAUCGUCGUUCCACUUGAGGUGACAGACAAAGCGGCGCCCGAACUUAAUUUGGUGAUGCUGGCGGGUAGCAAGGCCAGGGCACACAGACAGAAGGAUGGAUCCCUCAUCCUCACUCCUGAUACCAUCACCAACUUCGCCUAUGAGAUCCCUACACUGAACCCCAGCUUCGUCACUAAAAAGUACCGCUACUUUUACGGCAGCUGUGGAAACAUGACUGGUACUACUGGUAAGGUUGGCAAGAUAGAUCUGGAGACCCGAGAGACGAAGGAUUGGUUUGAAGAUGAUCUUUAUACCAGCGUAGCAUACUUCGUGCCCAGACCAGGAGCCACGGCUGAGGAUGAUGGUGUGGUCCUGGUGACUCUGCUUCACGGUGCUCACAAGAAUAAAGUCACUCUCCUGGUGUUGAAUGCUAGGGAUAUGAGCGAGGCAGCACGUGUCACCUUCACCACUCCUUCAGAUGUACCGCGCUCCCUCCACGGCAUCUAUAUCCCAGCAUGAGCAAAGAUAUCCAAGUAAUGCAUUAUUAAGAGCAAUGGGAAGGCAAACAAUUACUAUGCAAGAGCAGGAGAACUCAUACACAGAUGAAUAACAAGAAAAUGAUGGUUUUGGAACAGGAGAAUGUGUGGAAAGAUGACAACCUGGCCAAGAUAGAAAGAUUUUCUUGAGCAUAGUAAAGUCAUUGGAGAAUACAGUUAUUUGGUAAUAGAGCAGAUGAUGAGACAGUUAACAAUAUACAGUGGAACCUCAAAAAUCGAACUGCUCCCAACACAACCAAUUAUGUAAGUGUAUUUUUGUAAGUGCUUUUAUAAGUGUAUUUUUGAGGGUUUGAAAUGGACUAACCUAAUUUACAUUAUUCCUCAUGGGAAUAAAUUCAUUCGGUAAAGGCACUCGAACAGCCUUCUGGACCAAAGAAAGUUCGAUAUUUGAGGUUCCACUGUACAUUCAAGGUAUUCCAACAUCUACUUCUAAAGUAAGGCAGAGGAGAUAGUGAAAACUGAUCAGUGAUUAUGAACAGAACCUCAGUGAAGAGCAGCAAAUGGCUACCAUGAAACUAAUAAACACAUACGCUAGUCUGGAAUGAUAAGAUAUAGAAAUAGUAUACCAAAAUCUAACUGUGAAUACAAUCUUAAUUAUGAGAUACAACACUUCUGUUAUUUUCACACCAAGUAUUAGAACUGCAGUAGUCUGUUUACAUGAUUACACAGAAUAAAGCUAAAAUAUAAACAUUAUUAUUAUUAUAAUCAAAAAGAAGCGCUAAGCCACAAGGGCUAUACAGCUAAAAUAUAAACAAUAAAUUGUAGUACAGACUGAAAACUCGAGAUUUUUUUUCCUUAACGAAUUCCAAAUGUUCAAGUAUACAGUGGACCCCCGGUUAACGAUAUUUUUUCAUUCCAGAAGUAUGUUCAGGUGCCAGUACUGACUGAAUUUGUUCCAUAAGGAAUAUUGUGAAGUAGAUUAGUCCAUUUCAGACCCCCAAACAUACACGUACAAACGCACUUACAUAAAUACACUUACAUAAUUGGUCGCAUUGGGAGGUGAUCGUUAAGCGGAGGUCCACUGUAUUUAAUAAUAUUGCAUUUAUGUUCUAGGUUUUGGAAAUAUAUUUAAGUGUAUAAAAAUAUCAUAGUAACAAUAGGAAAAAAUCCAAGAGCUUUCAUGUGCUUACACACAUUUUCAGAAAUACUCUUUGUCUUCAUUCCAUCCUAAUCUUACUGAAAUUGGACUUUGGUGACCAACUGUAUUCUUCAAAUUCCCUCAUUACUCUUUCCAAACCAGAUCACAUUCAUCAUUAUUAUUAUAACCAAAAGGAAGCACUAAUACAUUCAUGAGUUAUGUUUGAUUCUCUAGGCUUUUCAUUUUUCCCCAACUGUGAGCCCAUAUGCAGAGGUAUUAUAAUCAAAACUAAGCGCUUAACCCACCAGGGUCAUACAGUGCUGUUUAUGCAGAGGUAAACAUUCCACCUUUGCAAGAUCAGCACAAAGCCCAUUGUCUCACAUUUUGUCUGCAUCUAGACCAUGAUCCUGCUGUGAAUAGAAUGUUAACAGAUAUUAGUAAAGAUUCUUUGCUUGUCUCCUCUGCUUACUAUGCCCAUUCUCUCUCUAUUGGAUUCCCUCAGUAUUCCUCCCCUCUAUCCACCCUGCUUCUUACUUUUUUUCUCUCCCCUUGGUUAGUCCCAAUAAUGUGUCUGCUUUUUCCUCGUUGUGUGAAAGCUCAUUUACCAAUUAACUACACAUUUAUUCUUGAUCACUUCUAUUCUCAUUCUACUGCAGUGUACACUUAUGGUUCUAAAUCCUGUUCGUGGAGGGAGUGCAACAGUUUUUCCCGACAGUCAUCUGAGGUCAUUAGAAUGGGCCAGCAUUUUCACAGCAGAGUUGCAUACAAUUCUUAUGGUCGUUAUGCACAUUGCAUUGAUGUCUGCCAAUCAUUUGUAGUAGUUUCAGUCUCCUAUAGUUCAUAACACGUUAUUCAUUAUUAUAAUAAAAAAAAAGUGCUAAACCUACAAGGGUCAUACAGCACAGCAGGGCAGGGAAGGGUGCAUGGGCAUUGGAUAGCAAGAGGGAGAGGUAUUAUUAUGAUGUCAUGGAGUGGAGCAGGACAGUAGAUAGUGCAAGGAUAGAAAGUAGCAAGAGAGUGAGGUAGAAAAGGCUGAGGAGUGCUAGAGGCAUCAUCAAAGUUUGUGCAGUAAAUCAAAUGCUGUCAAAGUCAAUGAGAGAGUCUGGGUUAAAGGUGGGUCCAUCAGCAAGGAGGGAAGGAACAGGUUAUUCAGAAAUUUUAUUUCCUUCAUUUUAGUGUCUUAUGUAUAAGACUUGGGUCCCUGGACAUUAUUUUCAGGGUAAUGAACAGGCAGACUCGGCUGCUUUUUCAGACUAACAAACUUCUUGCACUAACAUUUUUAUUAUACCUCUUGCACUCUCCAUACCCUCGCUACCCCUUACCCUUCCACACUCCUGAAUCUCUCAUUCCUAACCUCUGCAUAUUCCUCAUUAACACAUCACUUUCUACAGUGUUAUAAGACCCUUCUGGGUUUAGCACAAUAAUUUUGUUGUCCAUAAACAUAUAUCAGGUAUUCUUUUAAUACAUUCUGUAGGACAUUCCAAGCGUUUAGAGUCAUCCCCAGCAAGUUAAAUGUUUUAUCCCUUUUUUCAGGAGGUAAAUGAUCUCUACAUUCUCAGACUGAGAUGUCUCUCCUCCCCUGAAGUAGCCAUGCAAUCCCAACAAGGGCAACAUCAUAAGAAACCUCUUUCAGAUGAGGAAAAACAAGGAUGUCUAUCCCUAUGACAGACAUCCUUGUGUCUACAGCUGUGGCCCCAUUAGCCUGGGAAGUCCCAGGCACCUAUGAAGCAGUGUAGAGAGGGCUUUCUAGUGUUAUAUAUAAUGAGAAAAAAAAAUAGUCCAUGCAAAGGUCAAUCACUUUUCAGACUUAGACAGUUCAGAGGUAGAGAAUCAAUCCAUCAAAUACCCAGCUGAAAGGAUCAAUGAUACUACAUAUAUGAUGGGACUGCUUUAUUAAUAUACAGUUCAUGCCUAUAUCUCGGUUCAGUCAUCAUGCACAGGUUCUCACAGAUACACACAGCCUUUGCUAAGGUACACAUCUCCUAGAAAUUCAAAUUAGUGUGUUAAUGAUCUAUAACUCAAGGAAAAAAUCAAAAUUUAAAUUACUGCAUAUAUCUUCAACUUAAUGAAAGUUCAUAAGUACAAAAACUAAAAUCAACAAGUGAUCAAGUCACUUAUUUACAGCAGUAUGGUAAGUCCCAUGCCUAUUUCAAAUUUCACAUACUGAAUUUUUGCAAUUUACAUCAGAUCUAGAAUAAUUAUUUUAAAUAUAAUUAAUUCCAAUUAAUUGGAAAACCUACACAAAUUGUUAUGACAUCUGUCAAAUUUAUGGCAUAUAAUUUUUGCUUGCUUCUGAGGAGCCUUACACAGCUUAGCAUUCUAACAAAAUUGUAUGCUAUUUAAUAUUUUUAAGCACAAAAACUGAAAAUGAUGCCUAUGAGGAUUCUUCGUGUCAUAACAUUUUAAUAUUCCCUGUCAGGGCAUCAUGAGAAUUCCAACACAGGUUGGCCUAUAAAUCAGUAUUAUAUCAUAGCAUGACAUUUUUUAUAACACUAACGUAUUAA